GCCGCCCCCUAUCCCCUCCCCGCCCGCGAGGACAUCCUAUAGAGUGAUUUGAACUUGCAGAAACGCGGGUAUAGGAAUUAGCCACUAUUACGCUUCGACUGACCCACAACUUUGAAUCAUUUGAGCGGUACAUUCGACACAAUUUGUACUUGCUUGUACCUUGACCACCGACCACCCUCCAACCAUUGCCAUCAAGCUCUUCUUCGCUCCAAUGCCAAUGGUAAGCCAACUCCCAGUACUAACACCUAAUGGCCUAGCCUCCAACCAGGAGCCAGUCCCUGGCACACCCACAUUAUGUCCCGCCACUCUAUUGAGUCCACCUUCCGUACCAAAAGCAAAAGCCACCCCUGCCCACAUGCGACCGAAUAGACAUGCUACUUCACCCGUCGUUUUAUCUUUUGAAAAACGCAAGGAAGUAGCGUUUUUCACAAAUGGACGAUACAUUGGCGGUCUCCGAGUAGAAGAGUUCCUCAGUACUUUCUUACCCUAUCAUCAUCCCAAUGCACGUCACUUGAAGCCCCGAAAGGAACGACUAGAUCUCAUGCGAAGCGUUGCUUCACAACAGUCAGAAGCCGGCAUGUACGAGCCAUUCGUCCAAGCUCUCGAGAACUGGCCUCCACGGGACCUGGAUAGAAAGAUAAAGCUGGUGUACAAGGACUGCCAUUUAGCGGGUGACCCUAACUGCGGAGGCCUCUCAGUAGACAUUCCUGUUGGGACGUACUCGACCCGCCGACUUUGGGAAGACAAAUGCUACAUACCCUUUUCAGAACAAGAGUCGCAUGUGAAGAUAAAGUUUUGCGACAGCUCUGAUCCUUUCUGUGAUCGUCAAAUGCGGCAAAGGAAUGUCCAGUUGCAAGGAGAAGAUGAACAGGAAUACGAGGCGGGGAUGGACGAUGAUCAGUGUGUAGGGGGUGACUUGGGUAAUGUGGAUAACCCCUCACCGCUUCCAGAUUGUGGGCCAAUGCCAACCGAGGAUGAGCCGGAGGAUGGGACUGAGGCGGGACAGAAGGGGUCUGUUCAGAGCCGACACCAUCUCUUCGAGAACAUGACAUCGAAGGGUAUUUCAUGUCGUGGACAGAUUGCGUACUAUGCUGCAGCACUCCUCACUGUGCAGUAUAGGGUUUUCUUCUUCCAGCUGGUAAUUUUCGGUCGUUAUGCUCGAUUCGUCAGAUGGGAUCGAUCUUGUGCGAUCGUUUCCGAGCGAUUCAGCUACACCGAAGAACCCGAGCACAUAUUCGACUUCUAUCAUCGGCUUGCUCAGCUGGACGCUACAAAUCGUGGCUAUGACCCCUCAAUUGCUAUGGUCUCGAAAGAAGAAGCCGGUCUUGCCCGAGCUGAAUUCAAGAAAUUUAGCCCCAAUGCUUGGCAUGGUCGGUCACAGCUGCCUCACAAGUUGCGCCGUACAAUUCAACAACAACCCUUUCGAUCUGUCGAGAUGCUGGAUAGGAGUCGUUAUAUCAUCUGCGUACCAGUCUUUCAUCCAGAUACCUAUACUCCGUUUGGGCGUUGCACACGUCGAUCACUCGCAUUCAAUCCUGACACUGGGUCUGUCCACUUUUACAAGGAUUACCAGUCCCAAAAUUAUGCUGCCACUCUCAAGGAAGCUGAGGUGUAUGAGCGUAUCAAUGAUAAGCGUCGAAUUGGUGAAGUUCCUCGCGGCCUUUGCACCAUGAUCUCAGGGGGGGAUGUUCCGAAUACCAAGACUAUCGGACACGAGUACUGGAAAGAGGAAUGGGUUUAUGGGACUGUAAUAGAGCCCAUACAGCUUAUCACACACCGGAUCGUCCUCAAGGAAGUCGGGGCGAGUAUCAAAGCCUUCACGAAUAUCAAGACUCUGUUAACUUGUGCGGCUGAUGCCAUGGAGGCGCAUACGUGGCUCGUCCAUGAGCUACGUCUCCUACAUCGUGAUAUCUCACCUGGUAAUAUUCUCAUGGAGAGAGAAGCAGAUGAAUACCAUGUCAGAAGAGGAUUUCUUAUCGACUUCGACCAUGCUCUGGAUUUAACACGAGUUGAUCCACUACACCCUCCGGGUCGUUCAGGCACCUUCUUGUUUUUCGCCGCCGCUCUAUUCUCUGACAGUCAAGUUGUUCAGUCGGAGAAAGAUGAUCGGGAGUCGCUCUUCCACUCCAUUGUUUAUCUGGGAUUACUACACGCUCAACACUCACUUAGCAAUGAUCCAGUUACUUUGGAGCAAACACUCCAAUGUAUGUUUGAGACUGCAGGUUUUUAUGCAAAGGCAGGCGCAUUUGUCAUGCGGGCAUACUCAAACAUCCGUUGGGCAAACCCUGGCUUGCAAAAGUUUGUCGAGGAGCUGGAACUUGUCUUUGCGUCACGAUAUUAUCAUCGUUGGCCUGCAGAUCAGGCUAACCUGAUUCAUUUGGAUACACGUAGCUGGAUGGAUAAGAAAAUUCGGGAUAUCCUUCAGACAAUGCCUCCUCCUCCCGAAAGGGAGUUUAUCAACAACGACCAUUAUCCUCCAGCUACAACACCUGCGAUGAAGAGGGCACUGUAUACAUAUGAGAACCAGGAUACAGAAAAUCGGCUGGGGUUUGACGGGCGACUUGACAAGCUGGCAGAAGAAAGAUAACUUUGUUACUCCUUCAGACUGUUUACACCGUCUGGGUUCGUUUUGGUCGAAUACUGUAUAUCUUCUCAGGAACUUGCACUAUCAUACUUUGUACUACCUUAUAAACUUGUGCCCCCCAUAAUGAUAUUAUCGGAGAUGCC